AUGGAUUUAUUGAAGGCCAUUCCUAUUGCCGGUUUAAACCAAGCUGUUGGAGCAAGACAGUUUAGUGUCGUACUCCAAUAUCGAUUAGGUAUUCCUUUAUUUGAAGCUGGGAGUUCGUGCAGCAUCUGUGCAAGGCCAUGGAUAUACGGUGAUCAUGCAAUCCAUUGCGUUAGGGAAGUGGGUCCCAAAUUUCGACAUGAUAUGGUUCGGGAUGCGUUUGCCGACAUGUGCUACAAGGCUGGAGUUGCCGCAAGGAAGGAAGUUUCUUUGGGAUUUCUCUCCAACAGUACAAACACCCAAAAACCUGCGGAUAUUCUAGUUUAUUACUGGAUAGAUGGUAAAGACGUUUGCUUUGACGUCACAUGGGUCUUCCCUUUUACAAGUGCUCGAACUCGCUCUUUCACCCCAGAUCAUGCUAUCUUAGCUGUUGUUACCCGAAAGAUGCAUAAAUACCUUGAUCAAUGUGCAUCACAUGGCCAUGGCUUCCAGGUUUUGGCUUUUACAACCUUAGGUGAAUUGAGUGAAGAUACUGUCGUGUUUCUAAAGCGAUUGAGGAAUUGUCUUGUUCGAUGCGCCUUUUGUGCACCUAAAUGGGGAAAGAUCCCUUCAUCCCCAAAUGCACAUGAAAAUGUUGAUCAGAACAUCAAGUGUUUGGUUGGUAAUGGGGCUAAUACUUCUUUAUUUUUUGACAACUGGUGUUCUGAUUUGAGUAUGGCUGAAUUGGCAGGUAUUCAUAAUUCUUCUAGGAAUCUAUCCUGCUCUAGAGUCUGUGAUACCAUUGUUGGCAGGGAAUGGGUUAUUCCUGAUGCAGUGCAAGCCAUUACGGGAAUCUGUGGGUAUAAAUCUUUACCUAAGAGUGUAGGUGGGCAUAACACAAGAGCAUGGAUAGUAGAUCAGGAUGAUGAGAUAUAUUAUGUGUGGAACGUUGGGAUAGCUGAAAUCCUUAUGCGCAUAAGUGAAGCCGUCGAUCCUCUUGCAAUUUUGGGUGGAAGGUUCCUAUUGUUCAUAGAAAAUGCUUUGUCUGCACAGAUUUGUUGUAGUACGCGCUCUAGUGGGUCCAUCUGGGAAAAUAAUACAGUUUUGCUGCUUCCAUUCAUUCCACGACUAGUAUCACGAGUGCAAAGCGAUUGGAAAUUUCGCCUUCUACAGGCGUUUACUAACACAUUCAAAGGUUGCAAACCAAAUUCUGCACUCAAUGUUGCUUGUGUAAAUGCGAUCGAAGAACUGUUACUUCCUUCAAACAGGGACACCUCUGCACUAUUUGCAGAUACAAGUGAAUCGGAGAUAUUAGACUUUCAGAUUAGUUGGAUUCAAGAGCUUCCUCAUUUGCUGGUCCAGUUAGGUGAUGGACACCCUUCAUCUUCUAAGGUUAUUUUGCUUUUUCUUCUUCGUCUAGGACAAUGUGCUCCAAUAAACCCAUCCCUUGCUUCGGGGUACGAUAACUUACAAAAAUCAUUAACAGAGUUCUACAGUACUCCUCAAGCUGAAGAAAAUUCAGAAUGUGCCACAAACAACAAGAAGAGCGCUUCCCAUUAUCAAACAGUUAAGGCUGUGACAGACGUUGUGUGUUCUUGCUUGUCUCACAUAGGUGAUGAUGCUACAAUUCUGCAGAUGCUACAGAGGAUAAUGGUCUCUGAGUUGUCUCUAAACCCACUGUUAGACAACAAGCGUGCCAUGCUCAGAUUACUAGUUCUACUGGAUUCCAAACCAACAAUACUCCCUGAGCAGAGUAUUAGCAAUUUAGCCAACUCUCUGUUGCAAUACCUGCUUGAUGCUGCUUCCUAUAUUCCAGAAGAUAAUGAUGACAUCGAUUACGAUGAGUCUAAUGACAAAGAUCAGAUGCGGAUAUGCCAAUAUUAUUUUGUACCUUGCUUUUUCCUGUUUGAUAGGAGUGGCAGACUUUUAAGUCUUGUCUUGAACUUGAUGGGAUCCUUAAUAGCUGAAGCAAAGCCCUUGGAUCCUUCACAUCAAUGCAAUGAACCUGUAUUUGACCGGGCAAACAGGAUAAGUGCAAUCACUUCUAUUCUUAUAUUUAUGCGUGGGGAUGUGAAACUCAGGCGAGCCCUGUCUUCAUGUAAGGCAGAGAUGACAUAUGUUUUGCAGAACUUGCUCUCUCUACAGUCAUCGAAUGAACUUAACAUGAAUCUCGAAGAAAGACACAGAUUGCAGCUUUCAUAUGAUCAACUGAAGUCAUUUACAAACACAUAAUGGCUCAAUGGACCUGCAAUUUUGGACCUAGCCCUGCAGGUUGUAAGGUACACAGAAAUUUGGUUACAGCUGGAGAGGUCGAAGUGCUUGAACUUGGGCUCUUAAUUUUUUUUGAAGGUGGUCUAGCUUGUAAUUUUUUUGAAGGUGGUCUAGCUUGUAACAUUAGAAUACAUUAGUAUGUAAAAUGUCAGCCAUUUAUCUCCUUUCUCAGUUUAUCAU